GCGGUUCCUCCAGACAGAUCGAAUCUAAUACAAUUUGGUCCCAGAUACAAGAAUCUCCGCCGGCCGCUGGUUGUAAAUCACGGCGCUACGUCGAUCCGCGUCUCAGCGCGAAAAAUAGAAUAUUUGAUGCUGGGAAUAAUUCCCAGAUAAUAGAAGUCACUGGUAGUGAGUCGCCGCUCAGGACACGACGCCCCCUGUUAGCGUGAAGAUAGUGCAACAUGCCCGGAUACCAACGCCCGCCGUUCUGGAGAGUUCCUCAUCAGAGGAGGGACCCUGAGGAUGAGAGGCAGAUCAUCUUCGGAAACAGGAACAAGAAUAAGGUGACUCCUGGGUCGCCAGCGGGCCGCGACCUGGUGCGUGGCGACAUCAUCGCCAAGAUCGACGACUACGACGCCCGGGACCUGCGUCACGAGGAUGCGCAGAACCUCUUCAAGAACGCACAGAACCAAAUCAGAAUUGUCGUGCAAAGGGGUGCGGCGGGUUCGCAUCUGUACUCUGUGCCUCGGACGUCGGGCUCUUUCGUAGGUCGAGUGCACACGCCCACAUUCUAUCACGAGUACUCUGAGGAUGUGGACCGUCAGAUGCCCAGUGGGACGCCCUCAGCGCCGCGGUCGCCGCUGCCAGCUUCUGCGGUCUCGCCAUCCUACAGGACGCCAAGCCCGAUGGCGGCUCCUCCAUACCGCGGGGGCGCCGGCCCAGAGUCCCUGCCGCGGACGCCCAUCCCGCCUUACCCCGUGCAGACUGAAGGGGAAUACCGGGCCAUGAUGCUGUCUCCCUCCUCCAACAGGACUGACGAUACGUGCGACGAGUCGCUGCAGAGCCAGCCGUACCGCACGACGCCCCUAGUCCUGCCCGGGGCGAAGGUGCGCCGCGAGCCCGGGCCCACGGAGAGCUACCUGCGCCACCACCCCAACCCGGCCAUGCGCGCGCCGCCGCACCACGACCUACGCGACACGCUCAUGAAGCAGAAGGUGGCCGAAUCUAUGCUGCAACGAGUGGUCGGAGAGGAAGCCGGCAAUAAGUAUGUGCACAAGCAAUUCAACUCCCCGAUCAACCUAUACUCUGAGCAAAACAUCGCCAACUCAGUCAGACAGCAAACGUCGCCGCUGCCCGCUAACGGGCAUUACGGCCGGCCACACAUCGUCAAGAGCCACAAGCCGACGCUGCUGUACGACCCGGCCAAGUCGGAGACCUUCCGGCUACUGCAAGAGGAGGGGCUGGGCGAGUUGGUGCAGGAGGUGCCCACGCCCAUCCAGCCCAAGGUGUUCACGGCGCCGCCUAACAAGCGACCGGCGCCCACUCCGAAACCGAAACAACCCGAGGCGACACAGAAAGGAAAACAAACGACCUUCGUGAACUCGCUUCAAGAAGAGCACAUCCAGCAGUCCAACUCGUUCAAGCGUCUCAUGUUCAAUGUCCUGGACAGCUCCGAGUACUAGCGGCGACCCAGCAGGGACAUUCCUCCUCCUGCCAAGAGAAGAAGGCUAUCGAAGCUUCCAGAGAACCUUCGAGAAGCCGGUGAAAUGCAAUCGACGGGCAACGACCUAUACACUAACCAACUAAUUUAGAAAAGUAAGAAACAAUAAUCCUAGCCGUGUUGAAUAUUUUUCGAUGGAUUCUACUUUAUCUAAUACUCGAGUAUUAGUGAUACGAUUUAUAUUUAUACAUUUAAGUAGCUAUGUAAAGUUUAUUACUAAGUGUUGAUUUUCUGUUUGUACAGAAAUAUAUUGUUUAUGUAUACAUAAUGGGAAAAUGUUGAGUGUACAGUCUAGUCACUUCGACCCGAGCUCUGGUCGAACAUAAUACGAAAUUCGAUCAGCUUUAAUAAAUAUUUAUUUUUGUCUAAA